CUUCCAGCGGCCAUCAGUGUACAGUUCAGCGUCUUGCGUUCUAAAACAGUGCGGCAACGGUCUUUCGUGUCCCUAAGGUUUGCAGCGAUGAUGAUGAGAUCGGGUUCUUAAAAGUGGACAAGAGCAUCAAUUAGCUGCUGUUUCUGUGGAAGUAUAACUGUGCACGUUUAACGUAAAGCGAGAAGCAGGAGGUCACCGCGACCAAGCCGACGGUGUUGGGAAAAAUGUCAUGGCUUCGCUUCAUGUCGGUACUGUUCUGUGCGAUCAUGCUUGUGAAGGCUCGGGAAACUUGGCAGAAGCCGGGAUGCCAUAAAGUGGGGCACACGCGUAAGAUAAGCAUCCCGGACUGUGUCGAGUUUACCAUCACCACCAACGCGUGCCGUGGGUUCUGUGAAUCGUUUGCCGUACCGUCGGCCCCGUUUGCGCUCGUUGGCCACAAACCACCGCAACCGGUCACCUCGGUCGGCCAGUGCUGCAACAUCAUGGAGACGGAAGACGUACGGGUGCGUGUGCUGUGCGUGAACGGCAUCCGGAAUCUGACGUUCAAAUCGGCCACCAACUGCUCCUGCUAUCACUGUAAAAAGGAUUAAUUAGGGCUGGAGCGGUCCGCCGCCGGGUGGACCGCCACCACCACCACCAAUCGUACCAUCGUGCUGAGCAUGUGAGCAAACCGGCUCCCUGGGGCUGACGGUGGUUCGAUUCUUCGUUCGUUUAUUUACCUCUGAGCCACUUGUUGUUUUGAGAAACCACCACCGUGAUGGGAUGUGAAAGGGUUUCGCGUGCAUACUGCUGUAGAGAUUUAUGGGCUAGUGUACAAAAUACUACAUGCUGCUAUACAUAUACCGCUGGACAAAUAAAGCUGUACCUAUAAUAAUGUAGUCAAAGAA